GAGUGUUUGGAAGUAAACUUAUACCAGCUGUUCUUCCAACAGACAGCUUCUCCUACUCAUUCCUCAAUCCUCUAGAAUAGAAUCGAAUCGUUCCAAUUUCUUUCUUCGUCUCCGCACACAGAUAGGCCCGAGCACGCAGAGCAUCAGACAUCGACAGCGACAACAUGGCGACUGCAUACCCCCCUGGCGGAACCUUCUUCGACACGCUGAAGCGCAGCUUCGUCGAUGUGCCCGUCGACGCCUCGAAGGAUAAUGUGAUUAGCACGACUGAGUUUCUCGAGGCGGCGGAGAGCUUGAUAACGCUCUUUGAUGUCCUUGGCUCCGCGGCUUUCAAACCCGUCAAGAACGACAUGGGCGGCAACAUCAAGAAGAUUCGCGAUCGGCAGCUCGCCGCUCCUACGCUGUCGGAGACGCUGCAGGACUUGGUGAUUAAUGAGCUGAAGGAGAAGAAGCAUGUAGCAACAGAAGGCUUGCUGUGGCUGUCGCGCGGCCUCGACUUCACCGCCCAAGCCCUCCGCUCCAACCUCGCCAACCCCUCGGAAGAACUCAGCGCCUCGUUCCGUGGCGCCUACGGCAACACGCUCAAACCGCACCACAGCUUCGUCGUCAAGCCCAUCUUCAGCGCCGCCAUGUCCGCGACGCCGUACCGCAAGGAUUUUUAUAAGAAGCUGGGUGAUGAUCAGGCGAAGAUUGAUGCCAAGUUGGGCGAGUGGUUGGAGGCGCUGGAGACGAUUGUGGGGAUCUUGAAGGAGUUUAUGGCGAGGAAGGAGGCGAAGUGGUAGGGAUGGAAGGGGAAGGGAAGAGGAAGGGAAAGGGGUAGGAGUAGGAGAGCGUGAACGCGAUGCAUAGGUAGGGGGUUUUUGAUGGGAGGUUCAUAUUCACUACGGCCGAGGACUUCACAAAGGAAGCAACCUACGCAUAAGUCCUUACACACCAAGCAAUAACGACUGACAAGGAAAUAACACGCAACACAUUUGUGGUUUGUAACUCACGCUACCUCCCUUGCACGCUGGAUGGAUAACAUCACCAUUUAUUAGGGACGUGAUAACUGAAUUGAUGGUCAGGCUUGGUUGUUGUCGCUGGUGGGCUUUACCGCCACCGUUUCUGGAUUGAUUGAUCAGGAAUCAUUACAAAAGAAAUAGCGGAAUCAAUCCCACCUUAAGAUUCA